AUGUGGGAAGUUCCUGCUGGUGAUGCUGUGAAUGGCAUAAAUCGCAGCACCAGCUCAGAAUCGGCAAGCUCAACCAGCGGGUCAUCGUCAUCCUCCUCCUCCUCGUCUUCUUCCUCCUCCUCCUCUUCCUCCUCGGACUCCUCGUCCUCGUCUGACACCGAUCAGUCCUCUGCCGUUUCCACCAGAAGCCGUGCCCGUUCCCGUGCUGCUUCCACUGACCGGGACUCCCCCCAGAAGCCUUCUAUCCCUACACAGGCUCCCAAAGGGGGGAAGGAACCCCCUCCUGCCAAACCCCCACAGACCCGUCCCCACACCAGGGGAUCAUCAGAGUCGGAGCCAGAGAUUGGCACUGCGCCAAACAAACGAGGCCCUAAAACCUCCGCCACAACAGUCCCCAAGAGCAGUGCUGUUCCGCCCCCAGGGAACCAACGCAAGAAUGGCCCAAAGCCUGCAGCUCGACCUCAGCAGGCUGCAACCCAGAAGCCCCCCAAUAAAACUCAACAGCAGAAGGUCUCAGGUGGUAAUGCCACUGCUCAGCAGAAGAAGACAGCACAAAGCAAGAAAACUAUAGACAACAGCACAGACUCCGAGAGUGAGGCCAAGAAGCCCGUCCCUAAGAAAGCUGCUCAAUCUAAGUCACAACCAAAGCCUCAAUCGAAACCACAACCAAAGUCCACAGCUUCCCAAAAGGCCAUAGUUCAUCAGCGGAAGGGAACCACGAAGGUUGUCGAAAAGUCUUCGGAGAAGUCCUCUGAAUCGUCAACAAAUUCAUCAUCAGCAUCAUCAGAAAGUGACAGUGACAGCUCAUCAGAUUCCUCAGCCUCGGUCAAAUCAUCGGACAAACCAGUUGUUGCACAAAUAGUCCGGAGAAAGUCACAGACAAAGUCCACACCAGCAACUACUGAAAGUGAAAAGGAAGAAGAAGAAGAAGAGGAGGAGGAGGAUGAAGAUGAAGAAGACACGCCAAGAAAACACAUCACAAGAUCAUCAAGCGUAAGAACAAAGAGAGGGUCCUUGCUGGGUAUCCAGAAAGGAACUGAAUCCGAUUCUGAAAAUAAUGGAAAAGUAAGAAGAGGGGCCAGGAAUGGAGGUCCCAAGAAACCAGCAGGACCACCCUCAAAAUCAGGGGCCCGUGCCAAAACAAAGAAGCCUAUUCCACUGGAUAUUUUGGAAAAUAUACCUCUGCCUCCAAUCGAGAACCGUAAGUGCCCUGUGGAAGGGUGCGACUCUAGUGGUCACCUUGGUGGCCUUUAUGAGAAGCAUUUCUCGGUGGAAGCUUGCCCAGUCUUUCAUAAUAUUACAAAAGAAGAAUCAAAAAUAAAUCGACAGAUAAGAGAAGCUGAGAUGAAAGAGAGAGAAAAAGCAACUCAGGCUGUUGGUAAUAAGUCUCCUAGAAAUGGACCUAAUUCUGAACAAAGAAAUUACUGCAAUAAAAUAAGAGACUCUAGAGACAAACUGAGCGAACCCCGUCCAGGUGAGGAUGAGAUGGCGGACAGAGAUCGCCAGCCAUCCCUCCGAGGUUUCACCCCCGAGUGGGACCUUAAGCUUUUCUUAGAGGCUCAGUCUGCGGCUAGUGAAAAAAUAGAGGAUGAUCUCAGAGGCUUACCAGAUACUAAAGGUAUUCGGUAUAUAGAAAUGGGCCGGUAUGAAAUGGAGGCCUGGUAUCAGUCCCAGUAUCCCGAUGAUUAUAAUCAACAACCAAAAAUAUAUAUCUGUGAGUUCUGCCUCAAGUACAUGAGAUCGAAGACCAUUCUCUCAAGGCAUGCUGCGAAAUGUGUGUGGAAGCAUCCCCCGGGAGAUGAAAUAUAUAGAAAAGACAAGCUGUCGGUGUGGGAGGUGGACGGCAAAAAGUACAAAAUAUACUGUCAGAAUCUCUGUUUGCUUGCUAUGCUUUUCCUCGACCACAAAACCUUAUACUACGACGUGGAACCAUUCCUCUUUUACAUAAUGACACAGGCUGAUGGCGAAGGCUGCCACAUCAUUGGGUAUUUUAGUAAAGUAAAUCAGGGCGAGAUGAACGCCGUGUGGCAGUGGCACUCUUCCACAAGUGCCGCUUAG